UUUGCUGAUGGGGUUCAGGGAUGCGCAGAUUCGCUUGGUCCAGGACCUCCCUGACUGGGAUCUCGUCGCGCAUGCGCAUCGCCCUCUGCCGGGACUUGCACCUGCUUAGAGAGUCUGCCGUUCCGAUCAGAUACCCCACUUGAGCAUCGCGCACCCAAGCCAUGACAGCCCAUUCCUUUGCCCUCCCUGUCAUCAUCUUCACCACAUUCUGGGGCCUCAUCGGCAUCGCUGGGCCCUGGUUCGUGCCCAAAGGACCCAACCGCGGGGUGAUCAUCACCAUGCUGGUAGCGACUGCUGUCUGCUGUUACCUCUUCUGGCUCAUCGCCAUCUUGGCCCAGCUGAAUCCCCUAUUUGGGCCACAACUGAAGAAUGAGACCAUCUGGUACGUGCGUUUCCUGUGGGAGUGACCACUGGGAGUGACCAGCUGGCUUCUGGCCCCAGAUGCCCUGCUGUGAAUGGUGACUGGCCCUGCCUUGCUGUCCCUGGAGACCCUGCAUUCCCACUGGCCCCACCCAUCAGUAUGACCAUUCUGUGCUCUCCCUGCCAGCCUGCUGUGGGAUCCAUACCCCACAGAGGCAACCCGGUUUCAGUUUCUGGUUUCAGUUUCCCCUGUGUUCCCAGCCAUUAGGGGGCCUCCAUUUGGGGAAAGCCCUCCCCCCCUCAGUCAGGCCACAGUGGGAGCUAGCCUGAGCAUAAACCCCCACACUUGGCACUUGUCUCUCUCUUCCAAGGAGAUCUUGGCUGAGAAGCUGGACCUGCUGGGAUCUGUUUUCAUCCAGAGAGUGGAAGGCAGGACUCAGCCAGGUUCCAGAAAGUCUUUGUGGAGAAGGGACAUGUGGCCUGAAAUCUCCAAGCUUUUCAACUCUGUCUCCACCGUGUUGAAAUAUUGGGUCAGGGUCACAGGCCUCCUCCAGCUCUGAAGCGGAUUACCCAUUUAGUUUCAGACCCUUCUAGAUGUGACAUUCCCUGAGACGCUGAUAACCUAAAGAAGCAGUCACAUCAAAAACCCAGCACAGUCAGGACCGAAGCCUCCAUGUUCCCGUUAGUAGCACAGAAGUCAGUCACUCCUCAUGGUGGGGAGGUGGGUGUCUUUGGAAUGUUCCAGUCGCUUUCCUCUCCCUCUGUAGAUAAGCUCACUCACUCCCUACAACCUGUCAGUUGGGUACAACUCUUUUUGCCACUUUUCAUUGGGUUGUGGUGGGGCAGACCCCAGAUCUGGUCCCAAUACCAUUGACGAAAUAUGGAGUUGAGGUUGGGGGUCAGACAAAGGUGAUGUUUCUGGGGUACUACCAGCACUAUGCCUCCCUGGCUUCUGAGACUCUCUGUCCCCAAGCUCAUAUGGCUCUGUGCCAGGCACAGUGAAUGUAAACCACAGGGGGCCAGCCCCGGGGACUCCUCCAGCAGCCCAGGGGACUCCUCCAGCAGCCCAGGGGACUCCUCUAGCAUCCCAGGGGACUCUUCCAGCAGCCCAUGCCCUCAUCCCUCUGAAAGGGUGAGUAGGUCAUUCUUGCCUGAGUUGGCAGGGCUAGCUAGGACCGAGCCCUCUGCAAACCAUGGUUCCUAGCCAGUGGCUGGCUGAGUUGCCAGGGGAAGCCAAGCCCAGCCUUGAUUAUCUAUUGACAAUUAUUUGGUCUUCCUCCCCUUGUAGGGGUCAUUUGGGGGUGGCAGUAGAACAAACCGUAGCUCAAAUUGCUGGACAUUAAGUGGGCUUGUUGCUCAGACCUUUGGUUGGGGCCUCUGUGGGCACCCGUCCUGUCCUACCCUGACUCCUGAAGCCUUCCUGUGGUGUGGGGCAUGGUGAGCAUGACUUGUGUUGAAAAGCUGAUUCCUGUCUAAUAAAUCAUGGUGAUGCAAGAUUGGUUUAGUAGC